CACGAUUUUUAUCAAGUUUUUAUUUAAUUUACCUGUGCACUUUAUUGUGGGACCUCGUGUCAUCAUGAAUGAUAAAUUUUAUUGUGUAUAUAAUGAAGUUGAUUAAGGAAUAACGCGAGAUUGCAGUGAAGCCAAUUUGAUUGUUGUUUAAAUAGUUAAAAGGAAUAUUUAUUACCGUAUAAUAUUUAUUUCUAAAAUUUGAAAAACACUUCAUGCACGCAAAUUACUGGGUCAUGAAGCGUCGCCAUGUGGCAAAAUUUGAAACAUAACAAUUAUUGUGUUAGUUUGUUGCAUGGAAGGCAGUUUGUAUGGUUUGUACGUUAGUGGUGAACUUUAGUAGAAAUAUGGCAAAAAUGUUGAAACUAAAUGACACUUUGAAUACAUUUUACAUGAAAUGGGCUCGCUCUAAAAAGGACGCUGUGGGUAAUACAAAGCUUAGAAACUAUAUAGAUGAAGUUUUAAAAACAGUGGGAGAGAAAUCACCUCGAUUUAAACCGAAAGAUGUAAUACUUGUCGGGAGCACCGCAUCAGGAGUUUCUGCAAUUAGAGAACAAGAAAUGGACCGUCUGGUAUUGAUUGAUAUAAAUGGAGAAGUGGAAAAUGUCGCUGAUUUACAUGAAUUUGCAAAACUAAAACUUGAUCGGUCGGUUCAAGGGCAAUGGACGGACUGUAUUGAUGCAGAUCGUUAUUUACAACCACGAAAGGUUGCUAAAAUGUUCAGGAAAAGUAUUGAAGAAGCUUCAAAAUCGGUCAUUGACAGCAACCCAUCUGGAUAUUCAGGCAUCGACGAUCCUGCCAAAGAAAUAGCAGUAGGUGGGGAUUAUUCAGUUGCAGUGCCUAUCUCAGGAGUUUUUGGACCAAAUAACUGGGCUUUUGGAAAAACCAAAUGUGACAUUGUUCUUGAAAUUGAUUUUAAGAAGUUUCCUCCGACAGACUUGCCACGCUGGCUGGUACAACCUAAUGAAGAGCAAUGGCCUUCUAUUGCCACAGUGAACAAAAUCAAGAAUAUCGAUGGAUAUGGUCUAGUGGCGAAGAAUUUACAUGAUGCUUCGUAUGAAUCAUUGUUGUGGCAAUAUUCAGUUUCUCGUGCAGAAUCUCGAAUAUUAAAAGAGUGUCCUGACCAACUGAUUUACAAAAAGCUGUUAAUAAUAUUGAAAGCGGUCCGUCUCUUUGAAAUACCCGAAACAAAACUUGAACAAAAUCCCCCGAUAACAUCUUAUCACAUGAAAACAAUUAUUCUUCAAGAAGCACAUUCUUAUCCAGAUCCCAACGAAUGGGUUGAAAAUAAACUUGGUGAACGAUUUAUAUCAGCCGUAAACAGACUUUUAACGAACAUCAACAUUGGAAAACUACCACAUUUCUUUUUUCCCAAAGUCAAUUUGUUCAAAAUUGACCCAUCCGAAAUGGUUCCUCGCCUAAAUGAGAUAGUCGAAGAUCCUAUCACGUAUUUGGAAAAGUUGAUAGCAUUAAAAAAGGCACCCUUUGAAGGUCAGACUAGAGUUUGAGACAUUUGAGACUGUUUGUAAACAAAGUGCAAACUUCAUGACAGAGUGACAAUGUAAAAAAGUCAUUUGCUCAAACUACUCAUUUAAUACUUUUGUCAAUAAAGUCUCUUUUAUUUGUU